AGGAUCGACUUAUCUGCGAGCAGCUCGUCAUCACUGACUUCCACCCGCACAUCGUCCGCGCAUUUAUCUGAGUCACGUUAAGACUGAGUAAUAACACAGCAUCUACAGCCAUGGCAGAUCCAAGAGUACGGCAAAUUAAGAUCAAAACUGGCAUCGUAAAGCGGCUGGCGAAAGAGGAGAUUGCGUACAUAACUGAGGCAAAGCAGCAGGAGGAGAAGAUUGAGCGCCUGAAAGCAGAGGCAGGAGAUGAUUAUGUCAUCAAGAAACAGAUGGAGGUGUUGCAGGAGUCCAGAAUGAUGAUCCCAGACUGCCACCGCCGUCUGGCCAUAGCACACGCAGAUCUGCUUCAGUUACUAGAAACAGAAGAGGAUUUGGCUGAAUCGGAGGAGUACAAACUGGCUAGGAACGUAUUGGACUCAGUGAAGCUUGAAGGAUGAUUUCUGAUCUGCUUCUGUUCUCACUGAGAUUCACUUGCUUAAAUGUUCAUUCCUUUCAUCAGGCCUUGUUUGGAGCCAUUGACGCAAACUGAACACAUUCAAAGUCUCUGUUGUUGAUGUAAUUAUUUCUACUGUUUACUGUUAACAUGCCACCACAUUUGGUAAUGCUUCUCCGCUGUGUGUAAAAUCCCACCAGAAUAUCAUAAACUUUGAGUUUAUUUCA